AUGUGAUCUCUUAUUUUGAUCAAAUGGAAGUUGAAGCAAGAAAACCUGAGUUGCUGCUUGUCCAGGGAGCCUGGAGUCAGAGGGAAUGGACCCUGGGAGCCUCGGACCUCCUCCUCAGGGGAUGAUGACAUUCAAGGAUGUGGCUGUGGACUUCACUCCAGAGGAAUGGGGUCUCUUGGACCCUCCUCAGAAGGAGCUGUACAAGGAGGUCAUGCUGGAGAAUGCCUGGAACCUGCUGUCCCUGGGGCUUCCAGUUCCCAGAGAAGAUGUGAUCUCCUAUUUUGAGCAAAGGGAAGCCGCGUGGAUCCUGGAGCAAGAAGGCCUGAGGAGCAGCUGUCCAGAAGUAGUCAAACUUGAAAUGAAAAAAAUUCCUCUAGACCUAAGUCUUUCUGUGGCAGAGAUUCGCAAGCAAAGAUUCAUGAAUGACAGUUCCUGUGACUUGACUUGGAGAGAAAUCUGUGCUGCCCAUCAAAGAAUCCAAGCUGGAGAGAAAUCUUAUGAUUUUAAACAAUAUGGAAAGGCUUUCGGAAGAAAUAAUCUUGAUGUUCAUCAGAGAAUCCACACUGGAGACAAACCUUAUGAAUGUAACUAUUGUGGAAAAACUUUUGCACAAAAGGUUUAUCUUACUGUACAUCAGAGAAUCCACACUGGAGAGAAACCUUACGAAUGUAACCAAUGUGAAAUGGCUUUUAGAACCAAGGGAACUCUUACUAAACACCAGAGGAUCCACACUGGAGAGAAACCUUAUGAAUGUAACCAGUGUGGAAAAACUUUUUCACAAAAGGGUCAUCUUACUAAACAUCAGAGAAUCCACACUGGACAGAAACCAUAUGAAUGUAAGCAGUGUGGAAUGGCCUUUAGAACCAAAGGAACUCUUACUAAACAUCAGAGAAUCCAUACUGGAGAGAAACCUUAUGAAUGUAACCAGUGUGGAAGGACUUUUAGACGCAAGGAAACUCUUACCCAACAUCAGAGAAUCCACACUGGACAGAAACCAUAUGAAUGUAACCAGUGUGGAAAGGCUUUUAGCAGCAAAGGAUAUCUUAUUAUACAUGAUAGAAUCCAUACUGGACAGAAACCUUAUGAAUGUAACCAGUGUGGAAGGACUUUUAGACACAAGGAAACUCUUAACCAACAUCAGAGAAUCCACACUGGACAGAAACCAUAUGAAUGUAACCAGUGUGGAAAGGCUUUUAGCUGCAAAGGAUAUCUUAUUAUACAUGAUAGAAUCCACACUGGAGAGAAACCUUAUGAAUGUAACCAGUGUGGAAGGACUUUUAGACUCAAGGAAACUCUUAACCAACAUCAGAGAAUCCACACUGGACAGAAACCAUAUGAAUGUAACCAGUGUGGAAAGGCUUUUAGCAGCAAAGGAUAUCUUAUUAUACAUGAUAGAAUCCACACUGGAGAGAAACCUUAUGAAUGUAACCAGUGUGGAAAAACUUUUUCACAAAAGGGUCAUCUUAUUAAACAUCAGAGAAUCCACACUGGACAAGAAACCAAAUGAAUAUAACCAAUGUAGAAUGGCUUUUAGAAGCAAGGGAACUAUUACUGAACAUCAGAGAAUCCACACCGGAGAGAAACCUUAUGAAUGUAACCAGUGUGCAAUGACUUUUGGAAACAAGGGAACUCUUGCUAAUCAUCAGAGAAUCCACACUAGAGAGAAAUACUAUGAAUAAAUAAAAGCACUCUUACUAUACAUGAGAGAAUCCACAUUGAAAGGAAACCUUAUGAAUGCACUCUGUGUAGAAACAUUUUUACACUAAAAAUUCAUCUUAAUGAACAUCAGAGAAUCCAUGAGAGAAACCUUAUGAAUGUAACCAGUGUGGAAAGGCUUUUAGAAACCAGGGAGUUUUUACUAUACAUCAGAGAAAUCACACUGGAGAGGAAACUUAUGGAUGUAACCAAUGUGGAAAGGCUUUUACAAAAAGGGGAAGUCUUACUGUACAUCAGAGAAUCCACAUUGGAGAAAAACCUUAUGAAUGUAACCAGUGUGGAAAAACUUUUGCACAAAAGGCUCAUCUUACUGAACAUCAGAGAAUCCACACUGGAGAGAAACGUUAUGAAUGUAACCAAUGUGGAAUGGCUUUUGGAAGCAAGGGAACUCUUACUAAACAUCAGUAUUCCACACUGAAGAGAAACCUUAUGAACAAAUAAAAGGACUCUUACCAUACGUGAGAGAAUUCACAUUGCAAGGAAAACUUAUGAAUGUACUCAAUGUAGAAAGAUUUUUACACUAAAGACUCAAUGAACACCAGAGAAUCCAUGAGAGAAACCUUAAGAAUGCAAUCAAUGUGGAAAGACUUUCAUGUGACGUUCUAAUCUUGCCGAACCUCAAAGAAACCAUACUGAAAAGAAACCUUAUAAGUGUAACCAGUGUGGAAACACUUUCAGACUCUGGUCUAUUCUUAAUGUGCAUUAGAGAAUCCACAUUCUUUAAAAAAAAAAAAAAAAAAAACUUAUAAAUUUAAUGAAUAUGAAAAAGGUUUUAUAUGAGUGACUAUACAUCAGAGGCACAAUUAUGAAUGUAGUCAAUGUGGAAAGACAGAAUCCUUACUGAGGAAUAACUAAAUGUAAGUAGUAUGGAAAAACUUUUUCACAGAAGAUCAUACUUAUGCUACAUUAGAGAAUCCAUACCUUUUGAGAGAAACCUUUUGCAUGUCAUCAAUGUGCAAAGACUUUUAAAUGUAAACAGAGUUUUAUUAAACAUCAGAGAAUCCACACCUGGAAGAAAAUUUUUGUGUGUAACCAGUAUGGAAAAGCUUUCACACAGUGAUCCAAUCUUACUCAACAUAAGAGAGUCCACACUGAAAAGAAACCUUAAGAAUAAUCAUCGUGGCAAGACAUUUACAUAAAGGACCAAACUUACAACACAUCAUAGAAUCCACACUAGAGAGAAAAUCCAUGAAUGUAAUCAACAUGGUAAAACCUUCAGGCAAAGCCUUAAUUAUUGUUUCUUUACAAAAAGACAAAAUGUCUUUUUGACUCUUUAUUGGCAUAUGACAAUUUACAAGGAUCCCUAUUGCAAUAUACCUCAUACUGAAUGGAAUCAUCUAAUCAUCUAUAUAGCCAUCUUUACUGGGAAGACUUUUCUCAUGUUAAUAUCCAAUACUGAUUUAAACUGUGGCAAAAAGAAAUAAUGACUCCUUAAAGCAGUCUGAUAUCAUAAAAUAUAUAUAUUUUACCUUUAAUGGUAAAACUCCUAGGAUGUUAGAAGUCAUACACAUCUAAGAAAUGAGUCAUGGCCUUCUUGUGAUCAAGCAGCUUUCCUUCCUGGAAAUAUCCUUUGGUUUCCCUUCUCUGGGCAAAAGCUGGUUUGUCAAUGCAGAUACCAAAGGGUUAAUAUUUCCCAAUACUGUGAACAUUGGACAAUUUCUUAAGAAGAAUGGUUUAGCUUUGCUGUGCAUGUCAGAAAGUUUGAAGCUAAAUUGUGAAUUUGAAAGCACAUGCACACACACACUGUGCUUUACCUUGGUCUUUGAGAAGAUGUGCAUUUGAAUUAAUAUGAGAUUCUUUACUCUUAAUUAGGGAAGUAACUGAAAAAAAAUUGUUGUACACAUAGGUAAGUUAAAAUAGUAUUAUAUAGUGAUGUGAUGUUUUCUCAAAGGGUAGCCUUUAACUACAAAAGUCCUAUGAGCCCCAUCUAGGUUUCUAUCACAGAAAAGAACUCAUUUUCUUCAGUGAAACAAAAUGUAUAACAAUGUAUUAUGAGCAUCCCUUCUAAGGGAAGUAAAUAAUGGUAAAUUAAUUAUUGGUGGAUGCUACAAUGUCCAAAAAAAUAUAUGUUAUUUGCUUGAAAAUGAUCAAUUCAUUGAUAAAAUAGAAUCUCAGCUUGGAUUAUUUUCUGACUAAUAGCAAUGAUAUGCAUUUUUGCUUUGAUGUGUUUUGUUAUGGGCCAAAACUUGAAACAAGGUGCCAAGUCACUGCAAAUGAUAGAGACAAUGCUUAUGUACUUAGUUCACAACUUUAAGAGAGUUUAUAUAAGGAGGAGCCCACUAGGGACUCCAGGAGAUUCAGAGUCAGGAUUCAGUCGGGAGAUAUCAGUGGAGGAGAUUCACAAGUCAGCUUCCACAAGCCCACUCUCUUGGAGGAGGAGUCAGAUCCAUUUGAUAUUACCUCAUUGUGCUGUCUGGAGGCUUUGGAUUUAGAGGAAGCUGGAGGCUGAAGCUGGCAGAGGCAAAGGACUAGCAACAAAAGCUCUCAGAGCUAAGGAAAGCUAACCAGGUUAUUUUGGAAGAGACAAUAAAGUAUUGGAAUUUAACAGCUGGCUGCAUUUGAGGUGAUUAUUGAACUGAACUGAAACUAAGGCUGCCUCCAGAAGCUCCCUAAGAAAUCUGUUCCCAGAGAACAAUCAUAUUUUAGAGAAGAGAACAUUACAGUGUUUUAACUAGCAAUUUAAAGGUGACAAAUUAGUACAGAGAAAAUGUGCAUAAUUAAAGUUUUAUUUCGCUUUACCAAAUACAUUUACUUUUUCUUCCCCCAUCCUAACCUCUUUUUUAAACCAUAUUUUUUAGCAAAUGCUAUUUUUGCAAACACCAAGAUGUCAGAAACACAUGUUGAUCAAAAAUGAGGAUAGAAAAGAGAUAAGCAUUUCAUUUUAAGUUUUAACAAAAAUGGCAAGCACUUAUAUUUAGGCAUAGCUAUUUUGGCUUUUUUAAAUCUGAAAAGGAGGAAUCUCCUUCUAAAAAGCCUUCUUGAAUGAGUCCAAAAAAUAAUUUGAAAAAUCAAGUAAGAAAGGUAGAAGAAAAAUCAAGAAAAGAAGAGAUAUGCAAUAGUCAAUAGCUUGGAAAAGGAAGAACAAAAAUUGACUCCAAAGAGGAAGGAAUUAACUGAAAAAAAAUGACUCUAGUAAGUAGAAUUGGCCAAAUGAAGAACAGAGUACAAAAGCUAAAUGAAGAAAAUCAUUCCUUAAAAAUUAGUAUUGGGCAAGUGGAAAUUUGUGAUUAUGAGACAUCAAGAACCAAAGAAGAUUAAAAAAAAAAAAUGUAAAACAUCUCAUUGGAAAACAGCUGACCUUGGAAAUCUAGCAGAGAUAGACUGUUUGGACUACCUGAAAACCAUGCCAAAAAAAUAUAAAAUAAAAUAAAAGAGCCUGGAUAGCAUCUUUCAAGAAAUUAUCAAGGAUAUCUUAGAACUAGAAGGUAAAAUAGAAAUUGAAAGUAAUCCACAGAUUACCUUUUGAAAAAGAACCCAAAAUGAAAAUACCAAGGAAUAACCAAAUUCCAGAAUCAACUAAUCAAGGAGAAAAUACUGCAAGUGGCCAAAUAUCAAGGAACCACAGUCGGGAUUACACAGGAUUAUUUAGCUUCUAUGUUAAAGUAUCACAAGGCUUACAAAAGCCUAUGAACAAGCAUCAACUACCCAACAAAACUAAGAAUAAUCUUUUAGGCAACAUUUUGAUUAUUCAAUGAAAUAGAAAAUAGAUUUUCCUAAUGAAAAGACCAGAGCUAAAAAUUUUCAAAUACAAGACUCAAGAGAAGCAAAGAAAGGUAAAUAGGAAAAAGAAAAAAACCAACGUUAUUCAAUAAGGUUAGGCUGUUUACAUGGGAAGAUGAUACUUACAACUCUUGAGAACUAUAUCUCUAUUAGGCCAGUUAGAAUGUGUAUACAUAAGCAUCCCUUUUUGCAGUGGCAAGGAACUGGAAACUGAAUGGAUGUCCAUCAGUUGGGAAAUGGCUGAUAAGUUAUGAUAUA